GGGAAAAAGAGCAACAGGACUAGACUACGGGUAAGAGGAGGGGCAAUUACAAGAAAGUCACAUCAUCCUGGCACUGUCCCCAGUACCAGUGGGUCUCAAAGCCCAGCUCGGCGGCACUCCCCUCCUCAGGUGACUCAGGUGGUCCGCUGUGGAGCCCUUCCCCUGGGGGCUUCCACAGGGCGCCCAAGCUCCCCAGCCUGGUGGUUGUCAGGUCCACCUCCGUCCUGGCCCUCUCUCCACCGGGCAGGACCUUUGCCCAGUCCAGCUCAGGAUGGGGAGCGCCAGGGGGACCCUGUUCAUCCAGCUCACUGGGGGCCACUGUGUCCAGGAAGCUGCCAAUAGAGACGCUGUCCAGUCGGUCAGCAGAGCUGGCAUCCGGCAGGCUGUCCCAGCUGCCUCGCCUGGAGCGGCCUGGGCUCCCACCAGUCAGGCUGUACUGGCUGCUGGUGAGGCUGCUGCAAUGGCUGGUCAAGGUACCCCGCUCUUCCAGCAGCCAGCGCACUGCCUCGAUGCCCUCAUUCAAGGUCACCAGCUGCUGCAGGAUCUUCACAUCAAUGGCUCGCAGAUUGCUGAAGUCAUGGGCUGGCCAGGGCCGUAGUGACCCCCUACUCCGUCAUGGACGACUGGAAGCCCAGCCCACUGGUCAAGCCCUUUGGGGCUCGGAAGAAACGGAGCUGGUACCUUACCUGGAAGUAUAAACUGACAAACCAGCGGGCCCUGCGCAGGUUCUGUCAGACAGGGGCCGUGCUCUUCCUCCUGGUGACUGUCAUUGUCAACAUCAAACUGAUCCUGGACACUCGGCGAGCUAUCAGCGAAGCCAAUGAAGACCUAGAGCCAGAGCAAGACUAUGAUGAGAGUCUGGGCCGCCUGGAGUCCCCCCGGCGCCACGGCAGCAGCCCCCGGCGGGUCCUGGAUGUGGAGGUAUACUCCAGUCGCAGCAAAGUAUAUGUGGCUGUGGAUGGCACCACGGUGCUGGAGGAUGAGGCCCGGGAGCAAGGCAGGGGCAUCCAUGUCAUCGUCCUCAACCAGGCCACGGGCCAUGUGAUGGCAAAGCGUGUGUUCGACACGUACUCGCCUCAUGAGGAUGAGGCCAUGGUGUUGUUCCUCAACAUGGUGGCGCCCGGCCGAGUACUCAUCUGCACCGUCAAGGAUGAGGGCUCCUUCCACCUCAAGGACACAGCCAAGGCUCUGCUGAGGAGCCUGGGUAGCCAGGCUGGCCCUGCCCUGGGCUGGAGAGACACUUGGGCCUUCGUGGGACGAAAAGGAGGUCCAGUUCUUGGGGAGAAGCACUCAAAGUCACCUGCCCUCUCCUCCUGGGGGGACCCAGUCCUGCUGAAGACAGACGUGCCACUGAGCUCGGCUGAAGAAGCAGAGUGUCACUGGGCAGACACAGAGUUGAACCGCCGCCGCCGGCGCUUCUGCAGCAAAGUUGAAGGCUACGGGAGCGUGUGCAGCUGCAAGGACCCCACCCCCAUCGAGUUCAGCCCCGACCCGCUCCCAGACAACAAGGUCCUCAAUGUGCCGGUGGCUGUCAUUGCAGGAAACCGACCCAAUUACCUGUACAGGAUGCUGCGCUCCCUGCUCUCAGCCCAGGGAGUGUCCCCACAGAUGAUCACAGUGUUCAUCGACGGCUACUAUGAGGAACCCAUGGAUGUGGUGGCAUUGUUUGGCCUACGAGGCAUCCAGCACACUCCCAUCAGCAUCAAGAACGCCCGUGUGUCUCAGCACUACAAGGCCAGCCUCACUGCCACUUUCAACCUGUUUCCGGAGGCCAAGUUUGCUGUAGUUCUGGAAGAGGACCUGGACAUCGCUGUGGAUUUUUUCAGUUUCCUGAGCCAGUCCAUCCACCUGCUGGAGGAGGAUGAGAGCCUGUACUGCAUCUCUGCCUGGAAUGACCAGGGGUAUGAACACACAGCUGAAGACCCAGCGCUCCUGUACCGCGUGGAGACCAUGCCUGGCCUGGGCUGGGUGCUCCGGAAAUCCUUGUACAAGGAGGAGCUGGAGCCCAAGUGGCCCACACCAGAGAAGCUCUGGGACUGGGACAUGUGGAUGCGGAUGCCUGAGCAGCGCCGGGGCCGGGAAUGUGUCAUCCCUGAUGUUUCCCGAUCCUAUCACUUUGGCAUCGUUGGCCUCAACAUGAACGGCUACUUCCACGAAGCCUACUUCAAGAAGCACAAGUUUAACACCGUUCCAGGUGUCCAGCUGAGGAACGUGGACAGUCUCAAGAAAGAAGCUUAUGAAGUGGAGAUCCACAGGCUGCUCAGUGAGGCUGAGGUUCUGGACCACAGCAAGAAUCCGUGUGAAGAUACUUUCCUGCCUGACACAGAGGGGCACACCUAUGUGGCCUUCAUCCGAAUGGAGAAGGAUGAUGACUUCACUACCUGGACCCAGCUUGCCAAGUGCCUCCAUAUCUGGGACCUAGAUGUGCGUGGCAACCACCGGGGUCUGUGGAGAUUGUUUCGCAAGAAGAACCACUUUCUGGUGAGUGAAGAAACCGCCAUCGGUCACCCCCAUUUUCCUGGAGCCACCCCCAAAGGAGGAGGCAGCCCCAGGAGCUGCAGAACAAACAUGAGACACACCCCUUGGCUAGGACCCUACGGGGGCUGGGCCUGGCUCAGAAUCUAACCUAUUUAUUGACCAUCCUGCAGGCCCUGGAGAUAGGCGGGACCUGCAGGGCCUUGAUCCCUUCCUGGGCCGGUGUCCUACCCUGCAGGGUGGGGCUGGCUCUUACUCAGGAAACUGCUGGGUCCAACCCACGGACAUGUGCGGCUGGGACCCACAGGCUGACAUGGGCUGAUUCACUCAGAGACCCUCAGACACUGGACCAGGCCUCCUCUCAGCCUCCUCUUUGUCCAGAUUUCCAAAGCUGGAUAAAGGCGGUCAUUGAUUAAAAAAAGAGAAAACUUCA